GACCAAAAAGCAUAACCCCUUCUCUCUUUCACGCUUUCAUUCAGUAAAACGUGGUCGUUUUAACCCUCUUAUUUUAUUCUCCUCACACUCGCCGGAGAUUAUCGAACGGCGAAGAAUUAUUGAUAAAGUGAAAGUAUAAUCUCCGACGAUGGAGACUGAAGUUCAAUCGAAUUUCACAUAUAUGGGACGGACCUUCACCAAUCUCAGUAUCAAUGGAAGUUCCUCAGCUUUCAGCGAUUGCAAUAGUGAUAGAUCCGGCGAGUUUCCAACUGCCUCUUCACAAAGUCGGAGAUUAUUUUUGGCUUGUGCUUCGGAAAAUUCUGAUGAAUUAAUCCAGCAACUCGUCUCCGAUCUAGAGUCUAGUUCAAUCGAUGAGCAAAAACAAGCGGCGAUAGAAAUUAGACUCCUCGCGAAGAACAAACCGGAAAAUCGUAUCAAAAUAGCUCGAGCUGGAGCAAUCAAACCGUUGAUUUCGCUUAUCUCCUCCACCGAUCCUCAGCUUCAGGAAAACGGUGUUACGGCAAUUCUCAAUUUGUCUCUUUGCGAUGAGAAUAAAGAGCUUAUCGCUGCAUCAGGAGCGAUUAAACCACUAGUUCGAGCGCUUAAAGUUGGAACCUCAACAUCCAGAGAGAACGCCGCUUGCGCUCUUCUCCGUCUAUCGCAAGUUGAGGAGAACAAAAUCGCAAUCGGUCGAUCAGGUGCAAUACCUCCUCUAGUGAACCUUCUAGAAACUGGAAACUUCCGAGGUAAAAAGGAUGCAUCAACUGCUCUGUAUUCUCUAUGUUCUGUGAAAGAGAACAAGGUAAGAGCUGUACAAGCUGGCGUGAUGAAGCCUUUGGUGGAAUUAAUGGCGGAUUUCAGUUCAAAUAUGGUGGAUAAAUCGGCUUUCGUUGUGAGCGAAUUGAUAUCAGUGCCGGAAGCAAGGCCGGCGCUCGUGGACGAAGGUGGAAUUCCGGUGUUGGUGGAAAUCGUAGAGGUCGGAACACAACGGCAGAAGGAGAUUGCCGUAGCGAUACUGUUACAGAUAUGUGAGGAUAGCGUGGCGUACCGUACUAUGGUGGCUCGCGAAGGAGCGAUUCCUCCCCUCGUCGCUUUGUCACAGACCGGAACCAGUCGCGCCAAACGAAAGGCGGAGAAACUGAUUGAUCUUCUACGGCAACCAAGAUCCAGUAACGCCGCUGCAACAGCAGUAGCAAGAACCUCUAGAACCUCUGGUGUGCCAGUCUGAACUUGUGUUGUGCCCCUACAUGUUCCUCUUUUGUUUGUAUCAUACCAGUCCAACAAAAGCACAAACUAUGAUGGACGAUAUAGAAAAAAAGAUAUUUUUAAAAAAAAUCGAAAAUUGUAAAUGCCUUCUGUUAGUAGUAGUAGUAGUAAAAAGAUUUGUAAAUUUGGUGGGUUUUGACUUUGGCCACGGCUUGUGUUUACUUCUUUCCUUUCUCGAAAUUGUGAUAUGAAUUUCUACUUUUUUUGGUCUGUU